AUGGAAGGCGAUGACAAGGUGAGGGACCACUGUCAUUUCACAAGUAAGUACCGCGGAGCCGCCCACAACAAGUGCAACCUCAAUCACAGACUCUCGUGGAAAAUCCCGGUGGUAUUCCACAAUCUGAGAGGAUACGACUCUCAUCUGAGAAUGCAGAAGAUAGGAAACUUCGGCCUUGAAGUCAAUGUGAUACCGAAUAACAUGGAAAAGUAUAUAUCCUUCUCAUUUGGACAAAACUUAGUCUUCAUCGACUCGAUACAAUUCAUGACUUCUUCACUUGAGUCACUGGCCAGCUUCCUACCAAAGGAAGAAUUCCACCUUGUAGGCAAGCGGUGGCAUGGUGAAGACUUCGAUCUUGUAACACAGAAGGGAAUAUUUCCUUAUGAGGUUAUGGACAGUCUAAAGAAACUAGACACCGGAAAGCGCAGGAUAAGAACGACUUCUACUCCACACUUUACGAGUCUGAGGUAUCGAAUGAGGACUACGAAAGAGCACAGAGAGUGUGGAAACACUUCGGAAUGA